AUGGAGCUUUCGGAGCGCAAGGAGGGGAUGUAUCUCAAGAAGCUCAAGAAGCAGAAGAAGAAAAUAGCUGAAUUAAGAACUCGUCUAAAGGAGAUGACUGAACUUGUCAAAAAACUAGAGAAGAAGUCAGAUAUACCGGAGAAUUCAUUGAAGGAAGAAGAAACUUCAAAGGAGUGCUUUUUCGAAUCUAAGGAUGCAUUUAUGGUUAAGUGGGAAACCAUUUUCGUCUUGGGAUUCAACUGUUCCUUUCCUAGGGAUGAAAUCAAGAGCUCAUUGAAAGAACAUUUCAGUUCUUGUGGACCGGUCACAGGGGUUUAUAUUCCCUUUCAUUGUAAAACCGGUCAUCCCUAG